GAAAAUAAUCCAGUGGGGUCAGGUCGGGUGACCGCGCAGGCCAAGGCACAGGGCCACCUCGGCCGAUCCACCUAUUUGUCGUCCAAAUACUGCCGCACUUGUAAUGAAAAGUGGGCUGGAGCGCCAUCGUAUUGAAACCACGUGUUGGCUCUUAUGUUCAGUGGCACAUUUUCUAAUAGUUCCGGUAGCACGUGCUGUAAGAAUCGACCAUAAGCAUGCCCAUAUACAUUAAACGUGGUGGAAGCAAAUAUGGCCCGAUGAUAUGCUCGUCCACAUUAAAAAAGGUAGAGUACAUGGGACGAUAUUUUCAGAAAUUUGAAAAUUAUUGUAAAAAUGAUGAAAAAAAAACAGAUUUUCAUCAAAUUCCUCAUUAUUUUAAAUUUAUGGCGUUUUUUAUACUGUAUGAGCAAUCACUACAAAAUUGACACAAUAGCUAUCACUACAAAAUUUAUUCCAAUAUGAUAGGACAUUUAGUUUAAAAGUUGUAACAAUUUAUUUCAAUAGGGUUAGCAGC